ACACAUAUAUCUAUAUAUGUGUGUGGUGUGUUUGUGUGUAUCUAUAUGUCUAUACACUCACACACAGAGAGGGAGAGAGAGGAAGACGAGAAACCCAAACUACUAAACAACAAGGCAGGCCCAGUGAUCUCAUGCUUAUUUGAACUCGGAACAGUCAGCCAAGCUGGUUUGGCAGUUUAAUGCUCGCUCACCGUGGCGUUGUUUCAUUCUUCUGUCAAUCUCCUCUCACUCAUUCUCCUCUCACUCACUCACUCGCUCACUCACUCAUUCUCCCCCCCCGCUAUAUCAGUUUGACUCUCUCUUUCUCCUUCCCCCUCCCUCUUCCCAUGAAUUCGACAUCGUUCUUUUGACAACUGUUCCUCUUGCCACAAUAACAAAAUGGAUAAAGACGAGCAAAGCGCUAUUUUAGCUUUGCUAUCACUUCAAUACCAAAUUCCUUGUCAAGUAACCAAGAUCAAAGCAGAGCCCAGUGUAGAUCCAUUAACAACAUAUUCCACAUAUAACAGCCAUCAUCAUCACCACCACCAUCAUCACCAACAUCACCACCACCACCAUUUGAACUUACCACUGAAGUCUGUUGCUAUAAAAGAGGAGACCUUGCUACUGCCAGAUCAGAUCUGUAGCACUCCAAUAGACCCUCCAUUUUCUCGGCAGGUCAAGCCCUUUGCCAAGCUCUCACCGCUUCAACCUGUUGUUGAAAAUCCCACGAAUUCUGUCAUUGCCUCCCGUGUAGUGCCUUCUGCAAAAUCUACAGCAGCAGUAGCAGCAACACCCCGAGAAAAAAAUGUGAUUGCCUCUGAGGACAGGUGCAAACGACGGCGUCGAGGAAACCUGCCAAAAGAGGCAGUUCGUGUAAUGACUGAUUGGCUCAAGUCGAACCGCUACAAUGCGUAUCCCAGUGAGGAUGAUAAACUGAAGAUGGCGACUAGUCUGAACAUAAAGCACAAACAGGUGUCAAACUGGUUCAUCAACGCACGUCGUCGAAAGCUAACUCAGAUCCUGCACAAGGAAGGGAAAGAUUCAAAAGACUACCGGAUAACCCGCAAGAAGAAAAACACAAGCCUUGACGAAGGUCGGGCAACAAGUUCAGAAACAGAAGUGUCAACAACAAACUUGAGUACUAGCAGUUACCCUUCUCCUUCCUCUUCGACAUCAUCAGCAUCUGACGGGUCACUGGGUACAGGUGCAGUAGUGUCGGCCAAACAGCGCCGUAGAAGUGGUGGGGCACGAAACAACAGCAGCAGUUGCAAUGCCCGUCAUCGUCGGCAAAGUCGACUCUCUGCCAUGCCACCAACGCCAUGUUCUCUCACAUCGUUCGAAGGCAACACGUCGAGUGAUGAUGAUGAUGACGACGAUGAGGAGGAGGAGGAGGGGGAAGAAGUGGAAAGGAGAGGUGGGGAGCAGGGCAGAGAUUUUGUAACUUUCCAACAGAGAAACUUGGAGGCCGAAGUACGGACUCUGAACUUUGAGAAUCUUUGAAGAAAAGAUCUUAACACUAACAUAAACACGUUGGGGGUGAGUGGGUCUAUUGAACCAUUUACCACACCACAACAACAAUGACAUUAACAAAAAAGCCUUAACAUUGGUGGGUGUAAUGUAUUGCAGGGGUGGGAGCAGGAUCAGAUCUAUGAGUAUUAGUUCGAUGGAACUGGAUUUGGUGUAAAACUCUGGGUGAGAAAAAGCAUUCUUCUAACUACACCUCUCUUGUCCAACUCCAUUCUGUAAUAUGUGUGAGUGAUUUUUCACUUUUUUUUUUUUUUUUUGGUCUAGUUGUAGAGAACUGUGAACUGAAAUGAAUAUUUAAAAAUAUUUAAAAAAAAAAAAAAUAAGAAAAGAAAAAUGAAUUACCCCACUCAUUCCCGUUUCCCUUCCCCUCUUUUAUAUGCAUACAUAUAUAUUUUGUAAAAAAAAAUGAAAUGGUUGUAUAACAAAAUAGAAGGAAUCCCCACCCAUCCCCUCAAAAAACUUAUCAGUCUUCAUCCUUCAUCCCCUCUCCUCAGUCCUAAUGGAAAGGACCCCAAGGUGGUAUUAUGAUUAUUAUUAUUACCACCACCCAAAAAAUUAUACACCCUUCAUAUAAACUCUUACCUACAGACAUUUCUUAGACUCUCUCCAACAUUCAAUUUAUUUUUUUUUUUUUAAUUUUGUAAAUUUUUAAAAAAAUGUAUACACAUCUCUAAAAAAAUUAUUUAAAAAAAAAAACAAAUUUUGGGUGAAGAAAAGCUAUUGAGUCAGAAGCAAAGUUUUGUAGUGAGGUGAAAGGUCACCUUAUUUUUUACACACUCCUCUCCUCAACAUGUCAUUUUAGUCAUCUUGGCCCAAUCAUUCUACCACCUGCUAGUCUACCUCUCACAUCAUUUAUCACUGCAGGCUGAAUACUAUUCAUUCUGAUACUCUAAAAGACAAAAAAAAAAAAAUUCUUAUAAAACAGAUUUAUUUAUAAAAACUUUAUAACAGCAGCAAGGCAGUGAGCUGGCAGAACCAUUUGUGUAUGAGAGAAAAAUGCUCAACAGCUCUUCUUUAUAUUCUGAGUUCAAAUUCUGUCAUGAUCAACUUCCCCCUUUCAUCCUUUCAGAGUCAAUAAAUUGAGUACUAACGUCAGUGUAAUCGACUUUCCCCCCUCCCCUCAAAAUUACUGGCAUUGCAGCAAAAUUAGAAUGGGUUAGUAGUACUACUAAAGAGUGAAAAGGCUGCAGAAUUGUUAGUGUUGGGGGCAAAAAAGAUGCUUUGCAAUAUUUAUUCCAGCUCUGCAUUCUGAGUUCAAAUCCUGCUGAAGUCGGCUUUCCUUUUUACUCCUCCAGGGUUGAUGCAUUGACUAACCCCUCUUCCCCAGACUUCAGGUGUUGUGCCUAUGCUAUGCUACAAACAAAAGGGCUGUGGGCUUUCAGAUUUGUAAUGAUAUCAGAAAAAAAAAAUGCUUAGCAUCAUUCAUUCUGGCUCUUUGCAUUCUGAGUUCAAGUCUUGCUGGGGCUGAUCUUGCCAUUCAUCCUUUCAGGGUUGAUGAAAUCAGCUAGCCCCCUCCCCCAAAAUUUCAGGCUUUGUACCUAUGGUAGAAAGUAUUAUUACUAGAACGUUUAGUAGUUAUGUCCAUUUACAUUGACUGUGAGCUUCAUUUUGCUGUUCAUUCAUCAGACUUUCAUAAAAUGUGCUGCCAAAGUAUUGUAGGUUGAUCUAAUUCACUUUACCCAACCACUCACUCUGGGCCCGCUGCCAAAUAUGUGACCUAGUGCCUAUAUUAAAGAUCAUUUUAUCAUAAUCAACAUAUUAGUGUUAUGUCUGCAUGUUUUCAUUAUUUUGACCUUUUAAAAAGCACAGACCUCAAGAAAGAAACAAGGGCCUUUCUUUUACUCAGACUUAUAUUUUAAUCUCACCUGAAACUGAUGAAAUUCAUUUUAAGCAAAAAUAAAAAAAACAUUUCAAUUUUUUUUUUCCACCCCAUCAUACCCCAGAUUUUAUCUUUCACUUCUCCAAGAAAUAUUUACUAUUCAGAAUUUCCUAAACAACAUUAAUUUUAAGAAUAAUAAUUUUUAAUAUUAAUAAAAAUAGACUUCUUUCUAUUUA